GAUGAUGAUGAUGAUGAUGAUGAUGAUUGUGUCGCCGCUGCAGUGCAGACCCUGAACCUGGAGGAGGAAACCAGCAGCGCGGGACAGAAAACUUUCAGCAUUGUGUUUACUGGGUGAAGAUGAGCGACGCAAACGAGCCCAAAAUUGAGCUUUUCGUGAAGGCAGGAAGUGAUGGUCUGUGCAUCGGCAACUGUCCGUUCUCCCAGCGUCUCUUCAUGGUCCUGUGGCUGAAAGGAGUGGUUUUCGACGUCACCACAGUGGACAUGAAGAAGAAACCAGACAUCCUGAAGGAUCUGGCUCCUGGAGCUCAGCCUCCCUUCCUGCAGUACGGCAGCGAGGUGAAAACCGACACCAACAAAAUCGAGGAGUUCAUCGAGUCGACGCUCUGCCCUCCAAAAUAUCCCCGUCUGGCGGCUCGUAAUCCGGAGUCCAACACAGCAGGAGUCGAUAUCUUCUCCAAGUUCUCUGCUUACAUCAAGAACUCAAACCCUCAGACUAAUGACAAUCUAGAGAAAGGCCUCAUAAAGGCUCUGCAGAAGCUGGACAACUACCUCGGCUCCCCUCUUCCUGAAGAGAUCGAUCAGGACGCCGCCGAAGAGGUCACUUCCUCGUCACGCCCCUUCCUGGACGGCCAGCAGCUCACCCUGGCGGACUGCAACUUGCUGCCAAAGCUGCACAUCUUGAAGGUGGUGAGUUUGAAGUACAGAAACUUCACCAUCCCAGAGUCUCUGACUAACGUCUGGAGGUACUUGAACGCAUCGUACGCCAGGGAAGAGUUUAGCGCUACCUGUCCUGUCGACACGGAGAUCCUCAUGGCGUAUUCAUCUGUAGCGAAAGCUCUCAAGUAGGACGGCGAUAAGCCAUGUUAAAGUAAAAAAAUAAAUCCACACAGACAUCAGUAAUCAAAUAUUUACUCUGCAAACAACCAGCAUCUGUUUCCCUGCCGCCAGGUGUUUCUUUCAAGCUUUGUUUACCUUUUGAUAUGCAGAAUGCACACACCCACAGGUGGAUCUUUGUAUUUGUUCUCCACUUCAACCAGGAUCGGUUACAUCACCAGGGAGACGAGGGCAGAGUCUAGAUCAGUGGUGUCCAAACUUUUUCAAAAUGAGAUUUUUCUGUCCAUUAAACAACAUGAAAAUUAUAUUAAUGUGAAUGUUUUCUCCUUUUCCUGCACAACAAUGAAUUGAACAAGUAAUUUUUUUUUUUUAUCAAAAGCAACAUUAGAAUGAAAUUUGCCUUAAUGGUUACAUUUAUUUAACUUUGUGAGCCAAGUAUUUUCUGUUUUGUUGGUCUGUAAAUUGUGUUCUUAAAAACUUUGUAAAAACAAAAUUCUUUGUGUUUACCAUUUAAGAUAUAAACUUGCCAUGGAAAUCUCACCUUAAAAUGAUUUUAAAAAGUGUCCAUUUCAUCCCAAAUUUGCACCAUUUUUUUAACUGCAGUGAGGGGCCACACAAACUCAUUCCCAGGGCCACAAAUGGGCCCCUUGCCACACUUUGGACACCCCUGGUCUAGAUAAUACAGAACAAAAUCAAAAUGUUUCUUUAAGGAAUGCUUGCAUUUUCACACACCCUUUUCUAAACAAAAGCCUUUCUGUUGUUUACCUUUAUUCACCUGCUUCAUUGAAUUUUAACCUCAGAUCAGAGCCGGUUCAAGCUUUUCUUUGGUAAUUGGGCAGAAUAACAAUUUGGGGCCCCAAACUCACACUUAAAAUCACUGUUUGCUGCUAUUCUCAGCAGAACAAUGUUUUACUUAAACUCUAGGCUGGUAAAAGAUUCUAACUUUAUUAUAACCUUUAAGAAAUAACAUAAUAUGGGUUCAAAAGAAGAAUAUAAAGAGGACAUGUUAUGCUAAAUUAAUAUUUUUAUAUGUUGUUGCACUUCUCUACUGCCUCCAAAAUCAACCCAAGCUCUUAAAAAAACAUCCAGAUAGUUUUUGGCUAUGGGUUGAUGUCUUUUGGAAAGUUUUUUGUUUAAAAAAACUUCCAGAAUGUAAUGUAACAAAUCACCCAGCUAGUUACCUAGCAACCCCAGUGAAGUCCAGCCUGUUACCUAGCAACCCAAGCGGCAUGUUUACACAGCUGGUUGUAUGUACAAUUGCUGCUUGAAAAGACAAGUGUUUUGCUGUUGAUUUAUCAUCUAGAAACCACUUGCUACAUUCUUGUUGGUUGUGCUGGAGGCUCUACUAAUGCUUUUCAAAGAUAUAAGGAUGAAUAAUUGCUCAUUUGGAUUUAAAGUGACAAGAUGCCCCCAAAACAGCUCCUUCUGGAAGGAGCUCAAAAUACCAGAAGUGAAGAAUAAUUUUGUGCAAAAAAAAUUAUAAAAAUGUUUCUUAUACAACUGACUUAUUCUAACUUGUUCAAGGAAGAAUUAUAGCCCAACUUUAAAACAAAAUAUCAUGACACAAUCUAAUUAUUUGUAUUCAAAGUAGAAAAGUGACAUUUAUUUCUACUACAGCAAAUACAGUGUAUGUGUUGAACAAUAUAGCAUAAUAUCAACUUACUACUAAUUUGAUUUUGAUAUAAAAAGCAAAGUUAAACCAUAAAACAAAUCUGUAACACUUCUCUACCUGUUGUUUGUGCUAGCUGUGUAUGACUAAGAAAUUACCAAAAACUGUUCAGGGUAAAAAGAACAAUAAAAUAAAUGUUUUUUAUAAGUUGACAAGAAAGCAGACGGUUAUAGUAUAUAGUUUGUAAGAAGCAUUUUAGCACAAGAAGUUUUAAGUAUUUUAUCUUUUGGUGGAAAGAUAACAGGCUAGCUACUGGAGUUGCUAGCAUGUCCAAUAUCAGUUUUUAGGUUUCCAACUAAUAAAAAAAUACAUAUGAGAUGGUUUGGGUUGCAUUUUUUAAAGUAUAUAACAAUCUACAGUUGGUACAUUGGUGAACUUCAGGCUAAUUAGCGACCCAGCUAACACAUCUAAUUGGCUAGCUAGCAUCAGUCACCAACAAAAAAAUCAAUACUCGGCUCAUUAAAUACUUUUACUUUAAUACUACAGGAGAAAAAAAACAUACUACAGCUUUUCUUGUGUCUGAUUACAACUUCAAAAUCUACACACCGCCGUUUAAUCUUUCCCUCCUCUUUAUUUUUCUUUCAGUGUAUUCUAAAGAUGAAUUAUUCCAACACAUCCAGAUUAAACCGUUUUAGUCUCGCCAUUUUUAGGGAAGUGAUAUUUGCAUACCAUCGAGCCAUUUUGUGUUUUAAUCACAGGUGUUUCCCACAGACUUUAUCACAGAGGAAACACAGCUUUUCAUAGUAAGACGCCAUGAUCUAGAAAAGGUUUGCAUUCAUUGCGGAGCAGAGGAAAACAGCCGAGACCGAGCCGGCGCUCAAAGCAGUAAAACAGGAAACCGUUUCAAUAGACGCAGGUUUCCUCUUUCUGCACUCCCACAGCAGGCGUGAAGGAUUAGUCCUGACUAGUGAGCCUGUUUGUGAGCCGCUUUCAAGGCCUCUAAUUAAUAAUUACAUGAAUGGAAGAGAGACUGUGAGCAUGCUAUAGUUGGUAAGCUAAAACCAGUACAUUACAAUAAAAUUGUAGUAUUUUUUUAAAGGUUAUCAUAAUGUUAGAAUUUUACUGUAACUCAUACCUAACUAAAACAUUUUUCUUUUGUUUGUAGUUGAGUUUUAGAGCUCAGAAGUUGUGUAUUUUUAGUUUGUUCAGUCUAAUAACAAAUAUUCUUAUUAAUGGAAAACAAUUAGAAGAACAUUUUACACUGUAGCUGCUCUGUGGAGCCCCCUGUUGGUGCGGCGCCGCAGACAGCUGCAUAGUUUGCUUAUUCCUUGGUCUGGCUUGGCCCUCGUUGAUGUGAAUGACUGGACAGUUGAGUAGUUUUCACAUUUCCACACUUAAAUCGGAUUCAUUGAAGUUGCUGGAGAUACUUCCUUAUUGGGAAUGAGCCACCAAAUCUAUUUUUAAAAAGUCUGUGGAAGGAUCACAACUGUAUGGGAUUUUAUUAAUGUUCAAUUAUUAAUAAAAUGUUUCAUUUUUCUGUAAUGUUUGCAGUAAAUUUGAAAAAAUAUCUGUUUAGAACACAUGUGACAAACUCGAGGCCCGUGGGCCAAAUCCGGCCUGCCGUAGCUUUUUAUGUUGCCUCUAGAUUUUGAACUAAACAUAAAGUCUGUUUAAAUAUCAUGUUUUCAAUCAAAUCAAUGCAGUUUUUAUCUGUUUACUACGAAAUUACAUCAAUUAGUUCCUCCAGUUUCUUGUGUAUUAUUAUGGAAAUACACGAAAAUCAACAAAUACACACACAAUUAUUGGGAGUUUAUUGAAGAUUUCUCUCAAAAAUUGUCAAAAACUUCCUAACUUGUUCUAAACAGCUGCUUCAGUCUUAACUGAUGUCAGAUUAUAGUCCAGGAUCAACACAGGCAGAAAUAAAAAGUUGCAUCUCCAGUCAUAAAUAAGUGCAAAUAUUUCCAAAUUAGAACCACAAACAAAAAAAAAUCACAAAAACAAUCGCGAAGUUCUGGUGAUACUGAAAAGACUUUGAAUUGUAUUAUUUAAUUUUAAGAAUUCAUUAAUAUUUUUAACAGUUUAUCGAUACAUUCUGGCACUGCCGGCCCUUUAAGAGCAUUCAUGAUCUUGAUUUGAUCCAAAACAAAAAUAAGUUUGACACCCUGCUUUAGAACAUGGAUCUGUUUCUGUUACAUAUCAAACAUGUGAUCAAAGUAUAGAUUACUUAUAUAUUUCUGUUGGUUGUGUGAAGUUCUUCUGACAUAAUAACAAAUUAUAAAAAUGCCACCGUUGGCCUUAUUUUUAUCCAAAGAGAUCUAAGACUCUGUCUGUUGGUUCGAUUUACGCCUCGAAGUUUUCUUGCCUGUCAAACAACCUUGAACUAAAUCAAAAUGGAGCUAAUAACACACUUUGUCUGGUCAAGCAGCAACACAUCCAGUAAACCUCAGGGUAACACAGUGUAACAUUUCCAGAGGCUGUUUUGAUAUGAAGUUCUUCAGUGUUGCUAAAAAUGACCGAAGUGCAAUUAGAAAAUCCUGUAAACGUGGUUAGAAAUCAGCUGUGAGUUAAUUCACCUCAAUAAACCCAAAUUUUAUGAAGGAUCUGAGUUUGAUUACUGAAUGUUUUCCUUGUUGAACUGAUGUGGAUUUGAUCUAUUUUUUGAUAUAGACUAAUGUUUAAAGGGAUUAAAUAUGAAUAACUUCACAGUUAAUCAUUAUUUGUGUUUUUUGUCCAAGCAUAGCAGAAACUCUCAUUUCUUAAUAUAUAUUUGAAACAAUUUCAGGGACCAGAAAAUGUGUCGGAUUUUUAUUUUCUGCUUUUCAUUUCACAUGUUUUGUUAUUGAUGUUGUAAUUUUUCACUCUGUCUUAAUGCUGAUGGCAUCAUGAAGUUAAAAAAAUCGAAAGCGGCAGCGAGGACAAUCAAACUCACAGCUGAAAUCUUUUUUUAUUUUGCUUCUAUCAAUGUUCCAAUAAAAAUAUCUUCAUAAUAAAA